AUGGCCUCCACUGUCGGUUCCGUCCCGCCUGAGCAGCCACUGUUUCGGGCCGUGGCAAGCUCUACACGACAGAUCUAUCAACUCUUGAAAUGCAUCAGCUUCUCCCCCAAAGUCCACGUACAGCUCACACAUGAUGGCAUGCGGUUCACGGCGGAGCAUUCACGGGUGAUGCAAGGCGUGGCCUUCUUGGACCAAUCUCUUUUCACCACAUACACUCUAAACUUGCCUGAGGAUUCGAGAACUCAGCCACAAUUUCAGAUGAAUCUACCGGCCCUCCUAGAAGCCCUGCAGAUCUUUGGAGCUACGGAUGCCGCAGCACGAGCUGCCAAGACGGACGCCGAUCCUUACCGGAGCAAUCUUCGCAACUACCGUCCAGAUGCCUUUAGCCAUCAGACUCUCGGCAUGCCGGGUACAUGUUGUCUGAUGUAUGAAGCAGAUGGGGAGGCACUGAGCGUCGUUCUAGAGGAGUCCGGAGUCAAGACCAAAUGCAACAUGACCACUUACACACCCGAAUCCCCCGACUCCAUACCCUUUGACCGAGAAGACCUUACCUUCAAGAUCAUCAUGCAAGCUCGGUGGCUAUUGGACUGCCUGUCUGAACUAGCGCCUAUGGAUCCGAAGCGCAUCACUAUCUCGGCGCUGACUAAUGCGCCCUACUUGAGACUAUCAAGUGGUGGAGCACUCGGCAGUGCGAGUGUCGACUUCUCGAACAGUCGAGACCUUCUUGAGACCUUCUCAGUUCGCGAGCGAUGGACGCAGGGCUUCAAAUUUGACCUGGUUAAAUCAGCAAGUGAGGCCAUGCGUAUAGCUAACAAGGUCAGCUUCCGCGGGGAUGGUCAGGGCGUCCUCAGCCUUCAAUUCAUGGUGGAAGUCGAAGGUGGCUCUGUGUCCUUCCUGGAUUUCCGGUUUGUCCCAUACAUUACCCAGGAGGACGACGAAUCCGAGACUGCAGAAGAUGAGGACGAUUGA